AUGCAGGGGGCCGAGCUCCGGGAUGGCGAGGCGGCGGCGGCGGCCGCUUCGUACCGCGUCCUGAGCCGCCUGCUCGGCUAUGGAGAGGCGGCCCCCGAGCCAGGCCCGCCGCCGCCGCCCCCGGGCCAUGGCCCCCCGCCGCCACCCUUCCUCGCGCGGCCCGGUCCGCGGGGCUCCCGGCCGCCGCAGCUGAUGGUGUUCCGCAACGUGGGUCGGCCGCCGGAGGAGGAGGACGCGGAGGCGGCCCCGGAGCCGGGACCCUCGGAACUGCUGUGUCCCCGGCACCGCUGUGCCCUGGACCCCAAGGCCCUGCCGCCGGGGUUGGCGCUCGAGCGGACCUGGGGCCCGGCGGCUGGACUGGAGGCGCAGUUGGCGGCUCUGGGGCUCGGGCAGCCGGCGGCGCCAGGGGUCAAGACGGUCGGUGGGGGUUGCUGCCCGUGCCCGUGCCCCCCGCAGCCGCCCCCUCCGCAGCCCCAGCCGCCUGCUGCCGCCCCGCAGGCCGGGGAGGACCCCACGGAGACGAGCGACGCGCUGCUGGUCCUGGAGGGCUUGGAGUCGGAGGCCGAGAGCCUGGAGACUAACAGCUGCUCGGAAGAGGAGCUCAGCAGCCCGGGCCGCGGAGGAGGAGGGGGCGGCCGGCUUCUGCUGCAGCCCCCGGGUCCUGAAUUACCCCCGGUGCCCUUCCCGAUGCAGGACUUGGUCCCCCCAGGGCGCUUGGGUAGAGGGGAGCCGCAGCCCCCGCCCCCGCCCCCGCCUCCUCCCGGGCCCCUCCGGCCACUGGCGGGCCCUUCUCGGAAGGGCUCCCUCAAAAUCCGCCUCAGUCGCCUCUUUCGCACGAAGAGCUGCAACGGCGGCUCCGGCGGUGGGGAUGGGGCCGGCAAGAGGCCUUCUGGAGAGCUGGCUACUUCUGCUGCGAGCCUGACAGACAUGGGAGGCUCUGCGGGCCGGGAGCUGGACGCGGGGAGGAAACCCAGGUUGACAAGAACUCAAAGUGCCUUUUCUCCGGUCUCCUUCAGCCCCCUGUUCACAGGUGAAACUGUGUCACUUGUGGACGUGGACAUCUCUCAGCGGGGCCUGACCUCUCCACACCCUCCAACUCCCCCUCCUCCUCCGAGGAGAAGCCUCAGCCUCCUAGAUGAUAUCAGUGGGACGCUGCCUACAUCUGUCCUUGUGGCUCCGAUGGGGUCUUCCUUGCAGUCUUUCCCCCUACCUCCGCCUCCUCCACCCCAUGCCCCAGAUGCAUUUCCCCGGAUUGCUCCCAUCCGAGCAGCUGAAUCCCUGCACAGCCAGCCCCCCCAGCAUCUCCAGUGUCCGCUCUACCGGCCCGACUCAAGCAGCUUUGCCGCCAGCCUUCGAGAGUUGGAGAAGUGUGGUUGGUACUGGGGACCCAUGAACUGGGAAGAUGCAGAGAUGAAGCUGAAAGGGAAGCCAGAUGGCUCUUUCCUGGUACGAGAUAGCUCUGAUCCUCGUUACAUCCUGAGCCUCAGUUUCCGGUCACAGGGUAUCACCCACCACACGAGAAUGGAGCACUACAGAGGAACUUUCAGCCUGUGGUGUCACCCCAAGUUUGAGGAUCGCUGUCAGUCAGUGGUGGAGUUCAUUAAGAGAGCCAUCAUGCACUCCAAGAAUGGGAAGUUCCUCUAUUUCUUGAGAUCCAGGGUUCCAGGACUGCCACCGACUCCAGUCCAGCUGCUCUAUCCAGUGUCUAGAUUCAGCAAUGUCAAAUCCCUCCAGCACCUUUGCAGAUUCCGAAUCCGACAGCUCGUCCGGAUAGAUCACAUCCCGGAUCUCCCACUGCCUAAACCUCUGAUCUCUUAUAUCCGAAAGUUCUACUACUAUGAUCCUCAGGAAGAGGUGUACCUGUCUCUAAAGGAAGCGCAGCUCAUUUCCAAACAGAAGCAAGAGGUCGAACCCUCCACGUAGCGAGGGGCCCCCUGCUGAUCGCCACCAAGGGCAUUUGGUUGCCAAGCUCCAGUUCUGAAGAACCAAAUGAAGCUACUGUGGAAGGGGGAGUGAGGAGAAACGAGGGAAUUGGAAGGGCUGAGUUCCUCCGUGCAAAGACUUUGGUCCCCCUUGCAGCCCUGGGGCUUGGAAGAAGCACACAACCACACUCUCUGCGCGGGGGCUCCACCUCUUCACAUCCAGCCCCCGCGGUGUCCUGGAACUGGACGAGCUCCUUGGAAAACUGGAAGAAGUCUCAACACUGUUCCUGUUUUAGAAGUUUUGUUUUGGAUAUUUGCAUUUCUCGGUAUGGAAAACUUCCUUUAAAGGCAGCUGGGGUUCGUGCCCAUUGGACUGGAAGUGGUGCCAAGGGUGAGCCAGGUCCA